CCCCUGGGGCUCGGGGGCCUGGGCGCGCGCUCUCUCCUCCCUCCCCGCAGGGCGCGGGGGGCUCCAUCGAUCUUGGCCCCGGCUAGCGGGGCCAGCGGUCCCGUGGGGGGUGGUGGCGAGGGGGUAAAAGCCCGGGCUCGCUCUCUGUCACCGUCUACCCCCCUCCCAGUAAUCUGCAGGAGGGUUCCCGGCCCGGUCUGGACGACCGGAGGCCGCCCGACGUUGACCGGGAAAAGCGGGGACCCCGGGCCGCCCUCCCCCGGUUCUCUCAUCCGAGGUCCCGACCUCAUUCGCGACUUCCGAGGGGGAUCGCGGCCAGGACGCCACAAAGUGCCGUCGGUCAGCUUCCCGAGACAACCCGCGGGCCCCCCCCCUCGGGGGCUCGGGGCCUGCUCGCGC